AUGGCUUCCGAACAGCCCGGCUUGGUCAUGAACGGUGGUGCCUCGAAUACAGCUUCCAAAUCACCUGCCGAGUUGCUCCAGGAAAAACAUGCACGUGAUGAGGCUCACCAGCCCACUGUCGAGGAAGUCCAAGAUGAAGAGGAUGUGCUUCACCCUCCGCCCUCUUCAGAAUUGACCCAGCAGGCCCAAGCCAGCGCGAAGGAUACAACGGUAAGGGGGGAACCCGCCUCGGCACGAAAGCCAAGUACAAUGCCUUUCGAUGUGCAAUCUGAAGAGCUUUUCCCAUCCUUGGGUAGCGGAACAAAAUCUCGCAAGCCAGUAGCAACGCCAAUGGCGUGGGAUGGCCGCAAAGCAGCGGCCCCGGCUGCCAAUGUAUCUAAUGGUGGAGCGAGGAGCGGCGGACCGUCCCGUACGUCCACCCCGGCCUCGGGAAUCUCUACUCCGGCGCCCUCGGCCGCUGCACAUCCCUUCGGGGGCCCUAGAUUGGCAAUGCCGGGUAAACAUGUCGAACAAAUCAGAUUUGCGCCUUCCCAGAUGUUAUCGCGAAGUGAUCUCAACAAGCCAUUGGCUGAUAUUGUAAGAGAUAUCAGCAAGAGAUCUAAGGCAAGGCUCGAUGUUCGCGAAGGACCCGGAGGCUCUUAUAUCUUUGAAGGCACAGGUACAGUUGAUGCUGUUCGUCAAGCCCUAAAAGACGUGGCCCAGCAAGUGGGCUCAAAGCAAUCCGUUCGCAUUCCUGUCCCAGCGUCCUCUCGACCGCAUAUCAUUGGCAGACAAGGAGCUGUAGUGCAAGGUAUUCAUGAUCGAACGGGAGCUCGAAUCCAGGUUCCGAAAUUGAACGAUUCUAAUGGACAAGAUGAGGAUGACGAUAGCAACACUAUCGAUGUUCUUAUUGAGGGUGAUGCCGUUUCUGCAGAAAUGGCAAGACGUGAAAUUGAAGCAAUUGUGAAGGAGCGAACUUCCAACAUCAAUUUGAAGUUAAGAAAUAUACCUCCAGAGCUGUUCCCCUUUAUCGCCGGCGCGCAUAAUUCCCACUUGCAUGAUUUAGAAGAGCGGACGAAAACUCAAAUCCGGGUACCUUCAUAUGACACAUGGUCCAAGAGGCCACCACCUCAGGAAGCUGCCGCGGGCCAGGUUCAAUUUGCACCAGACCCAGACAAACACAUCCACAUUUUUGGUGAUCGUACUGGUGCCCAAGAAGUCCGUGCCGAGAUUGAAAGGCGUGCACAGGAACUCCAGCGCCAGAUUGCUCUUCGACAUCUAGCUAUCAACCGCGGACAGCAUCAAUUCAUCAUUGGUGACAAGGGCCAUUCGCUUCACGACUUUUUAUCUGAGACGGGCUGCUCGGUUAUUCUUCCCCCGCCAUCUGAUGAAACAGAGUUUUUGACAAUUACCGGGCCUCCUGACCAAAUUGAUAUUGGAGUUAAUCGAGCAAUGGAUCUUGCUACCAGUAUGCAAAUGUCCAGUAUUGAUCUCUCACGCCAACACCCAAAUGCUCCAGAUGGCCCCCAUUCCUACGCACGAGCCCUUACUACAUACCUUAGGCAGCGCCAAAUAAUCAGGGAGCUUGAAAGAGCCCAUGACGCCCAUAUAGUACUCCCGUUACUAUCGUCUGAUGGUCCUGUUAUUUGGGAGGUCUACUCUAGGGAUGGAAAAAAUACCAUCCGUGCGAGGUCCGAUAUUUUGAAUCUCGUACAGGCUCAUCCACCUUCAAAACUUGCAACUUUGGAUAUUGAUCCCUGUUAUCAUGACUUUCUUCGUUCCCGUAGCGCCGCACAGAUCAAGCAAAACUUCGGGGUUCAUUUAGUUGUGCCGGACAACCCGGAAAGUUCCCACAUUUUACUUGUUUCAGAGAGUGAAUCUGCCGAAGUGCCAAGGCAGCGACCGUCAACAGCAGAGGUUGCCGCGUUCCAAAAAGCAUUAAGCCAGGCACGAGAACAUCUUCUCUCUUCUUUAGGAGAUCGUAACGACAUCGCGUCAUCCUUGAUUUCGGUCCCUCCUAAGUUCCUUGACAAGACCCUCAAGUUCAUUACACGCGAGCAAAGCGGAAAGGGAGAGGAUUAUAUUCCCGUUCGAAUGGCAGUUGCUGAGCAACAGAUCUCGCUUCGUGGACGUUCACAGGAUGUAAACGUUUUGGUACCUAAAAUUCAAGCCUUUAUUCAAGAGCAAGAGCAGGACGAAAAGGAACGCGAUAACAGAAUAUCGUUUGAAUUUCCUCAAAAAUUUGCGAAUGUGCUUAUUGGGAAGAAGGGGGAGAACAUCAAUAAACUUAGGGAUGAGUUCGAUGUUGAUAUUAAAGUUGAAAACGGAAAGGUCGAGGUCAAAGGUCCUCCAGCAAAGGCUAAUGCUGCAAAAACUCGAAUUGUUGCCCUUGCAAAGAAGCUUGAGGAUGAAGCCACCUACGUUCUCAAGAUCGCGCCUCAAUAUCACCGAGAUUUAAUAGGGCAGAAAGGAAGUCAAGUCAAUAGAUUGCAAGACCGCUACAAUGUCCGAGUGCAGUUUCCUAGGGCAGCUGUUUUGGAGGAGGUAACAAAUGAUGCCGUAAGUGAGGCAGGUAGCGUACGGAAUGUUCGCAAAGCCCAGGCAGCCGACGAAGUGAUCAUUCGAGGACCGCGUAAGGGUGCUGAUUCUGCGAGGGAUGAGAUCCUCAGCCUAUACCAAUGGGUUGCAGAUCACUCCUUUUCGGGAACGGUUUCUGUUGCUCAAAGUCAGGUUCCAUCCUUGAUUGGCCAGCGCGGUCGUGAAAUGGACAAACUCCGGACUGAGACAGGUGCCCAGAUUGACGUCCCCUCAAUAAAUGAUGCUACUGAUGCGUCUGGACGGGUUGAAAUAAAGAUCAAGGGAACCAAAAAGCAAGUAGAAGAUGCACGAAAGCUUCUACUACAGAGAGCUAAGGAAUUUGAUGAGACUGUUACGAAAUCGAUUUCUGUUGACAAGAAGCACCAUAAAGCUCUCAUUGGCGGUGGUGGCGCGAAUAUUCGCAAGAUCAUUAUUGAAUGCGGCGGCCCAGAUGACGGGACCGCAGCUCGAAUGGUCAAGUUUCCUCGCCCCGAAAGCGAGGAUGCGAACAUACGGCUAGAAGGCAAGGAAAUGGUUAUCGAUAAAAUCAUUGCUGCCAUUGAAGAGUUUGUGCGCCAAAAAGAGGAUGAGGUUGUCGGAUCUAUUGAUGUGCCGCAACCCCAACACCGAUAUUUGAUCGGGCGUGGCGGUGACGUUAGACGCCAAAUAGAGUCCGAUUUUAAUGUUGUUCUGGACGUCCCCAAACAAGGAAGUAAUAGCACAGAUGUCAAAAUCAGAGGGCCGUCAAGCGCUGUCGAUAAUGCCAAAGCACAUAUACUGGCAUUAUUAAAGGAGCAGCAAGGUGAGACUGUACUGGUUCCUCGGCAUCUUCACCAUGCCGUGUCGGAUAAUGGCUCAUUCUUCCGCCGGUUACGCAAUGACCAUCGGGUCACGGUUGACCAUGCUGGAGAGCAAGUACCGGCGCGUCCUAGCCCCGCCGAGUCUCGGAACGCUGACGAGACUGACUCUCUGCCUCUUAUCACUGACGACCCAGCGGCUUCAGCAGACAGUUUCUCUUGGAAGAUUGCAGAGGCCGGUCCUACUGAUGCGUCUACGGGAACCAUUCCUUGGGUUCUUUCUGGAAAGCCCGAAAAUGUCGCAAAAGCGAAAGCCGCAUUGGAAAGGGCAAUUUCUGCUGCCUCUCAGCCGUCGGCUACUGGAUUCUUGAUUCUUCCAGAUCCCAGAACGUAUCGCUUCGUGAUUGGGCCCGCUGGUAGCCAAAUCAACGCUAUUCGGAAGCGUACUGGAUGCCGCAUCAACGUUCCUAAGGACCAGGCCAGAGGAGAAGCUAUUGAAAUUAAGGGCAGCAAGGAGAACUUGGACAUUGCCAAGGAUAUGAUAUUGGAUGCUGUCAAAGCAGGCCUUGGAGGAAAUGGUAGAGCAUGA